UGUCGGCUACACAAUAUUCCGAUAUGUUUACCAGACUUUCCCACGUGAUAGCUUAGAGUUAGACCGCAGGACUUCAACAUUUGUAAUAUUACUUGUAUGCAUCAUACUUUAAUUAAAGCCACCAAUGUAUAUUCAUAUAACGGAUUUCAGGACAUUGAGCCACAAGAUGUAGAUUUCUCCGAACAAAAGAAACAGGCCCUGACAACAUUGUCAGGGCUCAUCAUGCCAUACCACUAUCCGGACUUUGUUCUGAUAAACGAAGGCUUGGGAAUCAUAAAGCAGUUGGGGAAUAACAACGUCCCGGGAUUAGUUUCUGAUUCAGACGGCUCCCUCAUUAGGGACAUUUCUAAUCCAGUAAUCGAAAAGGCAGUAUUGGUAACUAAAGCUGUCAGUUACAAGUCGAGUCCAAGCGGAGAGGAUAUGUCAAAACUUUACUGCCAGAUAGCCUGUUUUUUACAGUAUACUGCUGACCCUUGUAAGCCACCAAACGGGUUGAUACUAGAAAUCGACAAGUACGACUCUUUUGUCCGAGUUUGGCAUGUUGACAUUCUUCCCGAUGUCGUAAGGGAGGCUCAUAAAGUGUUUCUCACAUACUUCUGUCACGAUGAGGGUGUCAAAGAAAUCAAGAAAGUCAUUCCUCAAGCGAUUAAAGAGCUAAGAGAAAAACUUCGGGAAAUAUGUUCAACAACAACGGAACAUUUGGGAGAUUUUCCUUUGUUAACCUUUUCUCAGGGAGAAAUUCUCCCAUGCCGGAGAAACUGCAACUAUGUGUUUACCCCAAAAACUUUAAUCGACAGACAAGGAACCAAAGGAACAUUCCUUAUAGAAGCAAUCAAACAAAGCAGAGAAGACGGUUUUGCGUAUACUCUGCUGAAAGCAGCAAAUAUCAUGAUUUAUACGCUCGCUGACAUAGCACGUGCUAAAAGUAACAACACCUAUUAUUCAGUAUAUUGGUUUCCAGCGGCUUCUGAUCUUAGUGUUGAGGUAGACAAGACUAUUACAGAGCAUGUCUUAACGGAGUUACGCAGAAGAAACCUUAAUGUAGUUGCGUGCUCCUUCGAUGGUAAGUCUCAUCUUAGAGUUUCAACAGGCAUGAAAGGAGAGCCUCAAACAUACAUGCAGGUGGUGAGAAACCACUGGGAUGAGUGCAAAAAGGUGAAAACCGUACAAGACCUCAUCGAUGUAACAGCUGAGGAAACUGGAGAAGUAAAGAGGUUGAGUCUGCUCUGUUUACUUCGAAUUCACAGAUUGAGGUAAGAGAUGUUCGUAACUGAACUGACACUUUCAAAAAGAUAAUAAAUUGAAGUUUAGGAACACCACUAUAAAGCUUAUACUCAGAUGUUAAUAAAUUUUUAUGAAUGUUAAGGGUUCAGUCUUAAGUAACAAGGGUCACUUGCCCACCUAGCAGUAGCUACGAAGAUCAAGAAGCUCCCCGCCUUCAGCAAACUCCUAGAGAUACCAGAAGAAGACUCCUUCUACCCUCUCCCCUUUACUGGAGAGAAUCUCUCUCAGAAGCUCAAGCUAAAGGAUUGUCUGUUCGAUAAAACACCUGGCUCUAAGAAGAAUAAAGAGGUUAGACCCAGGACGGUGAACGAGCCGCCCAGAGGUGCCGUUCCUGUUAGGACAGCCGGUUUCCACAAAAGGAAUGAAGAAAGAUAGAACAAUUUAAAUGUUUGAUUGUGAAAUGCAUUACGUUUAUUUUUUUUGUUUUCCGAUAUAUGUUUGAAGAGUUGACUUCAAGUUUUAGUAGAGUUUAGAUAAAAUGACUGACACACAAUGUUACUUAUUUUACCCUUUUCCAGAGAGUACUAUUUUAAAUACUAUGAUUAAUGAAAGCAUGCUAUUAAAAAUAGAGUACAUACCAUUGUUCGAAGUCUGCAAAAUCGGACGGGCUGACGAUUG